ACUGGUCUCGUCUCCUCCUCCUCCAGAGGGAACUUCGGACUCCCGUCUGUGGCCUCUUGCUGUACCUUUCAGAGGGUCCUCCCCUCCACCCCGGUCGCCGAGAGGAUGUGAGCUCUGGAAUGGAGUUUGUUCAACUUUGGGGUUUCAGUUCCUUUCACAGACUGUCUCUGUCAGACAGGACAGUGUGACCGGCCCCAGGCUCACCCAGGUUAAACUUAGAAGGGGGGGCAGCCGGCCUUUUGGGUCCUCCACCAUGUUCCUGCUGCUGCCUUUUGACAGUCUGGUGGUCAACCUCCUUGGCAUCUCCCUGACCGUCCUGUUUACCCUCCUUCUGGUGUUCAUCAUCGUCCCAGCCAUCUUCGGGGUCUCCUUCGGUAUUCGAAAGCUCUACAUGAAGACGUUGUUAAAAAUCUUUGCGUGGGCUACCCUGAGAAUGGAGAGAGGAGCCAAGGAGAAGAACCAUCCUCUCUACAAGCCCUACACCAACGGCAUCAUCGCGAAAGACCCCACUUCCCUAGAAGAGGAGAUUAAGGAAAUCCGCAGAAGCGGGAGCAGCAAGUCCCUGGAUAACCCCGAGUUUGAGCUCUCGGACAUUUUCUACUUCUGCCGGAAGGGGAUGGAGACCAUCAUGGACGAUGAAGUGACAAAGAGAUUCUCAGCCGAAGAGCUCGAGUCCUGGAACCUGCUGAGCCGAACCAAUUACAACUUCCAGUACAUUAGCCUGAGGCUCACGGUCCUGUGGGGCUUGGGAGUGCUCAUCCGCUACUGCUUCCUCCUGCCCCUCAGGAUAGCCCUUGCCUUCACGGGGAUCAGCCUUCUGGUGGUGGGCACAACCAUGGUGGGAUAUUUGCCAAAUGGCAGGUUUAAGGAGUUCCUGAGUAAGCACGUUCACCUGAUGUGCUACCGGAUCUGCGUGCGAGCACUGACAGCCAUCAUCACCUAUCACGACAGAGAAAACAGACCACGGAACGGAGGCAUCUGCGUGGCCAACCAUACCUCCCCCAUUGAUGUGAUCAUUCUGGCCAGCGACGGCUACUAUGCCAUGGUGGGCCAAAUUCACGGAGGCCUGAUGGGUGUGAUCCAGAGAGCCAUGGUGAAGGCCUGCCCGCACGUAUGGUUUGAGCGCUCCGAGGCGAAAGAUCGCAAUCUGGUGGCUAAAAGGCUGACUGAGCAUGUGCAAGAUAAAAGCAAACUUCCAAUCCUUAUUUUCCCUGAGGGAACCUGCAUCAACAACACGUCAGUGAUGAUGUUCAAAAAGGGAAGUUUUGAAAUUGGAGCCACCGUGUACCCUGUAGCCAUCAAGUACGACCCUCAGUUUGGAGAUGCUUUCUGGAACAGCAGCAAGUAUGGAAUGGUGACGUAUCUCCUGAGAAUGAUGACCAGCUGGGCCAUUGUCUGCAGCGUGUGGUACCUGCCCCCCAUGAUUAGAGAGGCAGAUGAAGAUGCUGUCCAGUUUGCCAACAGGGUGAAGUCAGCCAUUGCCAGGCAGGGAGGACUUGUGGACCUGCUGUGGGACGGCGGUCUGAAGAGGGAGAAAGUGAAAGACACGUUCAAGGAGGAGCAGCAGAAGAUCUACAGCAAGAUGAUUGUGGGGAACCACGAGGACCGGAGUCGUUCCUGAAUCCUCACCUCGGGUCGCCAGCUGGGGCUGGCUUGGAGCCGCCACCCCGAAAAGUUCUCCACCAGAGCCAGCCAGAAUGGUUGCCGCCACCGCUGCUACCGCCACCGCACCCUCCCAGACUCUGGAGUCAGCCAGAGCCGCUCUCCAAUCAUUGUACUCCAGAGUCUCCAGAGCCGCCUCUGGGUAUUUUGGGGCUGUGGCGUCGUCGGAUCACCGGCUGCCUGGAGUGAGUGCUGCUGGGGUUUUUCUCCCAAGGAAGAGAUGCCUUCUAAUUUCUGUUACAGCGAGGUCCUGUGCGGGAAUGACAUUAAAAAGAACUCUACAGUUGUGCAAUGUGU